AAUUUCUGUUCACAUGGUUCCAGUUAAAGGUGAAUACAGUUGAUCUCUUAACACUGCCUCACCCAGCAGCUGGAACUUUUCUUUAUUGGUCUCUCAGCUCUUGGCUCUGCAUCACAGCCAUAAACACAAACACAUCUGUUAAUAUUCGUCGUGCAUUUUAUACACUUCUAUGCGACAGACCACCUUGUUGAUCGGUUUGAUUUGGUACUUCAAAAUCUUUUUCAGGAGUAUUUUUUAAAAUGUAAGAAGUUGUACCUUUAUCUGGAUUAUAUACACAAUAUAACAAAACCUAGACGGCUUUGUUCUAUACAUGCUAUCAUGUCUGUUAUAUAACAUCCUAUUUUCUCAGUUUCACUGAAGUUGAGUUGAGUUGUGAACAAGUGAUAUCACCACUUCACUUGAAUUUAGUGACAUCACGGUGAAAGUAUUUGUUGGCAGUGUACUUGCUAAACAGGGCGGAUGUUAUGGACUAUGAUUCACUGGGCUGCACAUUUCUCUGCAGCUCUUCUCUUGAAGAAUACUAUCUCGCCCAUUUAUUAGAAAAUCAUGUAGGAAAGUUUGUGCCCUCUCGUGCCGAAAAAGGACUUGGAUAGAACUGAAAAAUGCUCAUGGAUCAUAAAUUCUCAACCGUGACCAUCACGCUCCAGAUGUGUGUGAUGUUGUGUCAGCUGUCAGUUGUCUUCUCUCAAUCCACAUAUUUCUCGCCCAAGCGAGGUCGCAACAUCACUAUCCACUCCUCACAGCUGGUGUGUAGUCUGCCAGGUCCAGCAGGGCCGGCCGGGAACUCCGGAGCUCCUGGAUCACUAGGGGCCAUGGGCCCCAUGGGGGCCCCAGGGAAAGAUGGCCCCGACGGGAAGGAUGGAGAGAAGGGACUAAAGGGAGCUGGAGGUGAUCCAGGGAGAACAGGGAACCCAGGAAAGCCAGGUGUGAAAGGGCGUGAAGGUGUCAUCGGCAAGGCUGGACCUCGAGGAUUGAAGGGGCCACGAGGAACACCGGGUGUAUUUGGAAAACGAGGACAAAAGGGAGAGCUGGGGGACAUGGGCCAGCAAGGAGCUCCAGGAGGAUGUAAUUGUGGCCAUGCGGCCCGAUCAGCCUUCUCUGUGGCAGUGACAAAGAGCUACCCUAAAGAGCUAUUGCCCAUCCGCUUCAGCCGGAUUCUGCUGAAUGAGGGGGAUCACUACAACUCUAGCAGUGGGAAGUUUGUCUGUGCUGUCCCCGGGGUCUAUUACUUCACAUAUGAUAUAACUCUGGCAAAUAAGCACCUGGCCAUCGGGCUUGUCCACAACGGACAGUACAAGAUCAAGACAUUUGAUGCAAACACAGGAAACCAUGAUGUGGCUUCUGGUUCUACUGUCCUCCACCUGCAGCAGUCAGACCAGGUGUGGCUGCAGAUCUUCUACUCCGAGCAGAACGGACUCUUCUUUGAUCCUUUCUGGACAGACAGCACCUUCACAGGCUUUCUUAUCUAUGCUGACCAGGAAUAUCUCAAUGAGGCUGAUAGAAAAGCGAAUGCUCAGGAUGAUAGUUAACCUUUUUUUAAUUGAAAAAAAAAGGUUUUAUUUCAUAUUACAAUGUUAUGGAAAUUUGAAAAGAUUGCUCUACAAUCAGUGAAUGUCAGUUGUUUAACAAGUUUGGACACCAGGGGGCACACAAGGAAAGAAAAGUCAACCACAGUAGGGGAAGCACUUUAUCUGCAGUAUCAUUCAUGGUGAUAUAUUUUUUUUUUCUCCAAUAAUAAUCAUUUUCCUUACUAUUGUUCGUUUAUAUAUAUUUUACAAGAGCUGCAAGGUUCCCACCAUUUUUUGUUCUCUAUUAAUAGAACGUGGCCUCAAACUUUCUUCUGAAAUGUAGUUUAUUGAAUACACAAAGACAACAUACAAUUGGAAGUGAAAUUCAACCACUAUUGCUAUAUUACUUUUGCAGUAUAAUGUAUUCCUGAGCACAUACACAUGUGUGUGUGCAAUUUCAUGGCCUAUUAAAUAAACCAAUAAACUGCCAGUUUCACAAGUGAACAUCAAA